AUGUCGAAAACCACCCGCAUCAACCCCAACGUGAAGCGCGCAAAGACGGAGGAAUGGUUCCCCAAAUCCCCUGACGGCGCCUACACCGGCGAGAAAGUUCCCUUCCACCCUCGCCGUCGGUCCUCGCUGUCCCCGACCGUCCUCGUCCUGCUGCUGUUCCUGGUGCUCGCGGUCGGCGUCCUGGUGUGGAAACAUGAGCAGGCGGUGGCUGUCGCGGCGGAGCAUUACCAGAAAUACACGGGGCAGGAUCUGAAAGACACCGAUUUCUACAAGGUGAUAGAGAAGGCGCAGAAUAUGAAGUGGAAGCGGUCGGAGCUUUGA